AUUAGUUAUUUGUUCGGACGAAUUAGAUAUUCGUUCGGACAAAUUAGAAAUUCGUUCGGACGAAUUAGUUAUUUGUUCGGACGAAUUAGAUAUUCGUUCGGACAAAUUAGAAAUUCGUUCGGACAAAUUAAAUAUUCGUUCGGACAAAUUAAAUGUUUGUUCGGACAAAUUAAACAUUCGUUCGGACAAAUUAAAUAUUUGUUCGGACAAAUUAAAAAUUCGUUCGGACAAAUAAGAAAUUCGUUCGGACAAAUGAAAGUGUUUUUUGGGAACUUUAUAGUAAUUUAAGUCAAAUCUGAUGUCAAUGAUGGAUCAGCAGGAAGUACUGCAAGAGGUAGCAUUUUUCCAUUCUCUUGGAUUCAAUAAUGAUGAAAUUUUGAAAUAUUUGGCACAAUUUAGUCAAAUAGUGAUAAGUAAAAGGACACUUAAAAGAAUGUUACACGGUGCAGGAUUAUUUAGAAGAAAAAAUUUCUCAGAUUUGCUUGAGGUUGCUCUAUUUCUCGAGAGUAAAAUGGACACAGCAGAAAAACUUCAUGGAUACAGAUUAAUGCAUCUUCAGUGCUUACAAUCUGGUUAUACAGUGACACAAGAAACUGUUAGGCUUUUACUGAAAAUAAUUGAUCCUAUAGGUGUUCAGAUAAGAAAGCGAGGACGAUUGAGACGGCGUACAUACACUAAUCCUGGGCCAAAUUUCAUUGGCACGUCGAUUCUUACGACAAACUCAAACCUUUUGGUAUUUGCAUCAAUGGGUGCAUCGACGGUUUUUCUAGAUGCAUGAUAUGGCUAGAAGCAUACAAAACUAACAGUAAACCAGCUCUGAUAGCUGGAUACUUCAUAAAAGCUGUGGAAUCAAGGACGGGAUGUCCAAAGAGAAUUAGAGCAGAUCUAGGAACUGAAAAUGGCCACAUGGAACAGAUGCAAAAGUUUUUACGAUAUGAACAUUUAGAUGAAUUCGCGAGCCGAUCAUUUUUAUAUGGUUCUAGUAACCAUAACCAAAGAAUAGAAGCUUGGUGGUCAUACCUAAGAAGCCAUAAUGCACAAUUUUGGAUGUCUCUUUUUAAGGGCCUGAAAGAAGAAGACGAAUUCACCGGAAACUUUCUGGAUAAAAAUUUGAUUCAGUUUUGUUUUAUGCGAUUAAUUCAGGAUGAACUUAAUGAAGUUGUUCACCUCUGGAACACACACCGCAUGCGAAGAAAUCAAAAUCAAGUUGCACCAAGUGGUAGACCACUUACGAUGUAUCAGAUUCCUCAUCUGUAUGGAACAGAAAACCAUGCAUGUCCAGUAUCUUUGGAAAAGAUCCGCAUAUGCCAAGAAGAGUGCAUUUAUAAAGAAUCUUUCCCAUGUGAUAGUGAUGUUUUUUAAUUAUGUUGUAUUUUAAUGACAGAAUAUAACUUGGAACCCCCAACAAACAGUGCGACUGCAACAAGACUUUAUAAAGCUUUGCGAGAUUUAAUAUAUCAAACCUUACAAUUUCAUGUCAAAGUACUCUGUUAGAAAAGUUUAUAAUUCUUUAUUAUUAAUAGAUGAAAAAACAAAAUAUCAUACAUAAAUCAUAAAGCUCA